CUUCGGAAAGCUCUUGGGCGAGGCGAAAUUUCUCGCACACGGCCUUCCAUUCAGCGCUCUGGGUGGCAGCCAUGUUUUCCUGGAGUAGUUAUUAUAAGAGAUCACCAGCAGAGAGUAUGACUCGGUACCGAUACUCUAUCGCCAUGGUGUGAGCUGGCCUCCUUUCAAGUGCAAGUGAUCCAGGUACAAAUAUUUUUUGAUCAUGAUUACAUUGUUCUUAUUUAAAGAUUGAUUUUUGAGGUUUGUUUUAGUACGUCAUAUUUUUUAGACCAGGAGCAGAAACAGCUUUGGAAACAGGUAGCGGAGCCAGGCGCUUGCUUUUAGGCGCUCGAACACAGCACACUGGCGACACCCGCUGGUCAAGUCGUGUUACUGCGUAUUCAAAACAUUCACCGUUUUACAAACCAAUUUAUUUUCAUUCGUGAAAAAUCUGCUAAUAUUACCUACAACGUCGUCGAAUAAUUUUCAAAUGUUACUGUACUUUGACUGUAAAUACUGUAAUAUACCUUUUAAAUAUUAAAUGUCUGUAUCAUAAAAUCUGUAGUUUGUUUUGUAACAUUUGUUGUCUGUGUUUUCAGAGGGCACCUGAAAUCAGUGUCCUAAAAUAAAAAGCUUCUAAUGUAUAUUUGAAGGUUUCUAACACAUUUUUCUCGUUAAAUUUCAGUUCAUCCAAGAUGACACAUUCUCCUAAUUCUUGUUUCACAUCACCAAAGAAAGUUUUUUUGCUUGUCUGAAAACACAACACACCAGAAGACACUUCCAGUAAACGAGAGGAGAACUUCUCAGAUAAACUUACAUAUGGGGUCAGUGACAUCCUCAGCUGCCACAAACUGCUGGUCACUGCCUUGUAAAAACACUGCCAUAUUUACUUGUAGUUCCAAAUAAUGCUUUGCACAGAUUGUCAGGACCCCAUAUCAUCAGAGGUCAAUUUACACAAUUUUACAUCAUUAUUUUUUCGUUUCCGCAUGCGACUCUAACCUGACUCAAAAGUACCUGGAACAGUGCUAGCACAGACUGCUGGGUUUUAGUUCCUCCUUGUGCUCAAUUUUAGAAUCAAUAAUGCCAUUAAUGGCAAGGCAUGAAGUUUUUACCGAUGGUUAAACAAUUAAUGACCUGUUACACAAGAGAAAGCAAUGCAAUACACUUUAAAAAUGGUGGGUUAUUCUCAACCUUGGGUCAAAAAAGUUUUUUACACAACCCUUAUUUUACAGUCCUGAAGUCAUCAAGUUUUUAAUUAAUAUAAUAUAAUAAUAUAAUAGUCAAGGGUAUACAUACAAUGAUAUUGAAUAAUCAGAAGGUUUUUGUGAUACAGGCCUUAAAAAAGUUUGCUAUAAAGAAAAACAAGAUCUUGAAAGCAACAGAGAAUUUUUGCUUUCAACAGCUUCUCCUGACAUUGCAUCCUGAGUCAGUUAUAGCAUCUGCUCUGCAAUCUGAAAGUUAUUCACAUCUUUUUAGGUGUAAAUCAAUGAUGCAUAAAAACGCUGUUAUAGAAUUGAAUAGACUCUCUCUUGAAGAUAUUCUAGUUAUUAAAUAUUCUUACUAAAUCAACAAAACAGUUGUAAAGAGAAAAAGAUUGGCAUUUUACAUACCACAUUUGAAGUAACGAAUGAAGUAAAUUUCUGUACAAAUUGUUUAUUACACUAUGCUGUUGUUGCUCUCUCAGGUUUCCAUAAACAGUUGCCAAAAGCAUACUCCAAAAUGAAAAUGUGUCCUAUGAAUAACAUUUGCAUCAAUACAAUUUUGAAUAGUGAAUAUCUGAGAAGCCUUUGAAUAAUUAGAAACUUUUUUUGAACUGGUGCAUGACUCUUCUGUAUUUAUUUUACAUGGCCUACAGUACAGUAGCUCUGCUUAUUUCAGUUUACAUGGUGGUUCACACACAGAGCUUUUAGGAAGUGACGCUGUCGCCCACCAUCAGGAAAUGGACUGUUUCUUUUAGUAGAUGUGAGUCAUGGGCUGAAGGCAGAUCAGCCAUGUACCAAAUGCAGAGUAUUUUGGUCAUGAGGUGAGCAGAGAAAGUAUACAAAGAGAAGGCACCUUUGGAAGGUACAACCACUGUGCACCCCUGAAGUGAGGCAAGACACAAGACACAAGCAAAACUGGAUAUUUCACAAUGUGUGAGGUGUUAAUUGUUCAUGCCAGCGAGGCCAGUGAAUGGGCCGAGUAUUUAAAGCAAAUCUUGGCUGCAUCAUGUAACUUUCAAGAGGACUCCAUUAUUUUGUGUGAUGUACAUGAAGAGACUUUGUUAAAAGAUCAAGAGCUGUUUGACUCCUGCAAGUGCAUCAUACUUUUGCUAUCUACAGUGUUCCUUGACAUUUGGAAUGAACCGGCGAGACUGGACGCUUUACGGGAUCUUCUGCAACCCCCUCAUAAAAUUGUUGCUUUUUUGUGUGGAGUAUCAGAACAUGAAGCAGAUUAUUUUGAACACUGGGAGCAUUGGCGAAAGCUCAAUUCGGAAGACGAACCAUCAGUAUAUGUGUCUACUGUCAUGGAGUGCAUUUAUGAUGGAUGUAUUAGUGAACAAUAUGGUCAGGAGUUUGAUGAUAUUCAGCCAGAAGACCACAAGGAUUCACAAGAACACAUAGAUGACUUCACAUUUCCCGAAAUCCCUCAAGAUUUAGCUUUACCUGAUGAGACGGAACAGGUGAAUAGUGAUGAUGUUGGUCCUCCUGAACAGUCUUGUUUGGAGACGCCCCAUGAGGACCAGGCCUGCCUCACCAUCCAGCCAGACAGAAUACUGUGUGGGACUCGUGUGGAUAUUUAUAUAAUCAUGGUUAAGACUCUUGACGAUGAUGGCAGCCUGGAAGUGGAGUUUCACUCUGAUCACACAACCUCUAUACGAAUGCCUGCGACUCUUGCAAACAAGUGCAUUGUUACUGUCCAAUCACCCGAUAUGGCAGCUGGGGUGGUCACAUUAACGCUUUAUAAAAAUGAGUCUAUGGUCUGUUCAACGACAGUAAAGUAUUUCACAGAAAUGGAAGAAAUUUGCACGUAUCUAGAGAAAGUGACAGACCCUAUGAAGUUCAUGUGUCAGGCUUUUGACAUCACAUCCAGUGUACCCGAGUCAUUGGACAAUUUGCUUGCGGACUCUCUCAAAAAACGUAUGCCAUUAAGUGGAAUACAAGUAUUUGGAAUUACUCAAAUUUCACAAGAGGAUACAACAGGAAAUUGCCGUGAUAUGGAACUCCCAACACUGCUUCACUUCUCUGCCAAGUAUGGUUUAAAGAAAUUGACAUCUUUGUUAAUGCGGUGCCCUGGAGCCUUGCAGGCCUACAGUGUUAUGAACAAAGAUGGGGAUUACCCUAACAAUCUAGCAGAGAAAAGUGGCUUUUCGGAUUUAAGACAGUUUAUGGACGAAUAUGUUGAAACAGUGGAUUUGGUCAAGAUCCACAUGGAGGAGGCUCAGGACACCCCUGAGAAUGAGAUCUAUGAAGAUAUGUUGAACACGUCUCAAAAUUUGAUCACAGAUUUGGAAAAUGAGGACAUUUAUGAGUCUAUGAUGAAACUGAAUGCCGAGAUGGGUUUGUAUGAGGACCUACAAGGUGUUUUGGCGGACUCCAAUCCUGAAGAGACAAUGCUGAGAAAAUUUUUUGAAGCAAAACCUGACAAAUGUUCUCAAUCGGAGCAUGAGUCAACCAACGGUGGAUUACCUGAAAUGGAUGAUGAUGACUACCAUGACAUGGGCGUUGACCCAGAAGUCUACUGUGAUGUGGAGGAAGAGGAUCCGUACAAUCCCUGCUGCCCUGAUCAAAUUUAUGACAUUGUGGAGCCACAUUCCAAAAUUGUUCCAGAAGUUCUUAACCGUCCACCCGCACCCAUUCCAAGACCAGCCAGUAACCAAGAACCUGAGGAGAAUACAACCUACAUUUCCAAAGUGUUUUGCCCCAAGGACCCUCUAUACUCAGUAAGCAAAAGGCCAGAAAAGGAUUUGUCUCCACUAGCACCUGCACGGUUGGUGAGAGACGGAGACAUGAGCAGUCACUACGACCCCUUCGCAGGCAUGAAGACCCCCGGACAGAGGCAGCUCAUCUCUCUACAGGAAAGAGUAAAGGUGGGUGAGCUCAGCGUCGAAGAGGCCGUGCAGGAGUUCAAGGCUUGGCAGUUGGAUCAAGAAGGACGUUCAUAUUCUGUCCGGUUUCAGCAGGGAAAUCUACAGAGGUUAAGAGAGAGCAUCACCCGACGCUGUAGAGACAAAGGAACGACAGAGCUUAUGAUAACAGCACCGAUGCAAGCAAAUGUUCAUUGGGGGUCUAAUAAGAACAUAAAUUGCUCGUUGUAUGAACCUGCACCGCGUGUGAUCAACCAACCCCCUCCUGUUAGCAGACCGGUGCAGAGAGGAAGCUGGCAGACAGGAAGUACCUCCAGCACUUCUAGCAGUAGCAGUCACAGAUUGAGCAUUCAGAGCAAUGUCAGCAACAGCAGCGGGCCAGACGUCGAUUGUGAUGAGCCGCCAGACAUUCCACUCCCACCACGACCUACCCGCCCCGUGGCGGAUAUUCCACCCGUGCUUCCUCCACCGAGAGUCCCACCUCGCCAAUUAGACCGGAAUGUGGACAGCGGGCUACACGAGCGUUAUGUGUCGAGACCCACCCGUCCGGUUCCUCAGGUGACCUCCCAAAGGUCCGUUGCGCCUCCACCUUUACCGAGACGGACGUGGUGAAGACCUACUUCAACAUGGGGGCUUUCUGUUUCCUUGUGCAGUUUUUAUGCUGAGCUUUUCCAGUAGAACUCUGUAAAUGUGCUCUCAAAGUAGGACAAAGAACUGCCGGGCUGAAUACAGGGUUUUUUACUGGUUGAAGUUGAUGGAGAUGAAUGAAAAUGACCUAAAUGUAUAACUUAAAUGAAAAUGACCUAAAUCUAUAUGUUUAAAAUUCAGAAUGGUUUUCAGCUGAACAAAUUCAAUAUAUUUAAUGUACAAUCUAAAUUUGCUGUUUGUUUAGUAUACAGCUGUUCUGUUUGUCCUCUCUGACUAUUGAUAGUUAUAGCAACGGCAAAAUCAGGAACUUGCCUACAUUUUUCUUUUUCUUAAAACUGAAAACUAAAUACACUUUUUGAUCAGUUCACAUCAUCACAUUUAAAGUCGCAUGUAUAAAGUUACAUAUUUAUUUUUAAACGUGCCUGUCACUGCCGGUUACGAAACAUACUCUUAACUGGGCUAAGCAGAGAAGAAAAUGCAGUAUAUUUAACAGCACAAAAUGUGUGAAUGCAGUGACGAGAGCAAGUGACAGUUUGUGUCUGCUGGGGUGUAUGUGUUUGCACUAUUUGUUCAUGUUUGUUGAACCGUGACAACUGCGUUAAAUAAACUGUUUUAAAUUUG